UGAAUAUUGAACAGGCAAGUCUAAAAACGGGCUAUAAAUAAACUUUAUAUAUGAAUUUUAUAAUUUUGGUCCUUUUCUGGAAAAAAAUCAUAGCGUCGUCAUUGCACGUUGUUCAUCUCUCGUUGUUCCACACCACGAGUGCGGGGAAACCAAGGCCACAGAUCAGCAGGAAUCUUUUCAGUGCUUGCCUGCCUCACUCACUAACAAGUAUGAAGUAAACAAACUUCCAAUAAAAUUUAUUAACUUGCUUCGAGUUAGCUAAUUAAAUAGCUUAAACAAAAUGCCACUUCUUCGAGAUAUAGCAAUAAAUUUACUCACAAGUGACAUUGAAAUCGAAUUGCCUUCCUGCCCUGACAACUUUGCCGAACAAGCUACUGAAUACACGGCAAGAAAGGUGGUGUGGUGGAUUCUAAAAAACCGUGAGGACCCUGCAGAAAAACAUGUCUUGAAUCUCGAGCUUCCAGACGAAGAUGAAGCUGAAUCGAAUCAAAUAACGCCAGACCAUCAGCGACCCUCGGCUUACGACGAAUUAGACCACCUUCGAGCGGAGAGUGACACCGAUUCGGUAACUACUGCAUCAAAUGGUAGGAAAAAUAAGCGGUCAAAAAUCUACAUUAAAGAGUUUUUGGGUCUGGGCACAUUGAAAGCCAAAAUUCGCAAACCGUCUUGUAACAGUGUCAACUCGGAUGACAAUUUUAUUAACGUUUUUGAGUGCGAUUCUGAAUGUGAUUACUUCAACGGAAACGCUGCAGGUACAUGCGUUCCAUGUAAUAAACGAGUUGUUGGGAAUCAUCAAUUGGAGGAACAUCUUAGUUCUGCUAGUCACAGAAACUCCUUUCGAAGUUUUACGUCACUGGACGUUAGGAACAACAAUUCUUUACAAGAUGAAAAUUCGGAGGAAAAUUAUGUAAUACUUGCGAAACUGAAAGUAUUAUCUCCUGAAGAAUCUGUCAAUAUUCCGCUUGCAACAAACAAGUGCACAAUCUCUAUCUCCCCUGAAGAACGGUUAGCUGUUUUACGCAAAAUAAAUAUUGGCGACUAUGAUAUACCUACAGACCACACUCAAAAUGAUACAAAGCUAAGAUUAAGGUAUGCUCAAAAAUGGUCUUCUGUGUUGGAUAAAAAAUGGAACCAAACAAAGAAGCAAGAGCAAAUAAUUAUUGACGAAUUCAAAGCAUUGCGUACGAGCUAUUUAGAAAAACCAUCAAGUCACCCAGCUCAUCGAAAAGAGUGGCUUUUAUUUUGGGAAACCCGUCGUUCUCAACUGAUUAAACAAGGAAGAAACCCAGACACUCACAACUACCAUCCCGAAUGGUGUGAUUACUGGUUGCCUAAAAUGUUGGAGCUUUUAAGAAACGACGCAGUCAAAAAAAUCUACAAACUGAAGGUUGCUAAUGGUAUGGAUGCUGAGAGCUUGAAGCACUUGCUUGAUAGUCCGACUCCAAUCACAGGUACAGUUCGGGUUAUGCCAGGCACGCAGCCCUACUAUUCACAAAACCGUUCUCGGAAUCCAAAUCGUGUUCAAAGACCCUCAUCCUCGUCGUCGCAUCGAUAUCCAGGACAUUACGGAAAUCUCCCUUCGCCAAGCUCGCCGCCCUACCCGUCUUCCUAUUACCCUACUUCCUCAAAUGCCAAUUAUAGCUACAGGUACGGGUUCGCGGAUCCUAGUGUUCUUAGCCAGCAGCAGCUAUUCUAUCCAUAUGACAAUUAUUAUGGAUUGUAUCAUCCAAAUUCAAGUAAUCACUAUUAUUAUUAUUUGCCAUAACGCAUUUUAAGUUCUAGGCGGACUGCUGGGAAAUCAACCUAUGAACGACGACCUUAUGACAAGUUUUAAGACUGAUUCAAUAACGUGUUCUGUAGUCUACUUAGGGCGCUGUCCAUUAAUUAUGUAUUCCUUCUCUGCCAUGAUAAAUAUACACAGCAUUGAGUGAUAGGUACAUAAUUUGUGGUCUUCGCCUAAUUAUUGUUUUUCUAAUUGUUCGUCUAGAUGGUAAUAUUUGUAUUAAUAUCAAUUUUAUAAACCUAGAAAGAUAGGGUUUGUUUUUUCUGUUUAUAUCAAUUAUCAGCAUAUUUUUAUACAAACAAAUGCAAAGUGUUUUGCGUUAAUCUAAAAAUUAUUUACAGUUUUAUACAAGCAAACAUUCUCAAUAAAUGAUGCCAAUCAAUUUAUAUAUAAAUAUUGUGUUUGUGUGCUAUGUA